UGCGGGAGCCUCGAACAAUGAGCUGUUGUUUUUCGAAAAAGCUUUUUGGGCGCCGGUCUAAACGUGAGGAUCGCUACAAGGUCAGCGAGGAUGCGGUGCCGAAACCGGAAGAGGGAGGUGAACCUCCAAAGUAUUCGUGGGAUCGUCGAGAAAAAGUUAAUGCCGAAGACUUUACAAUUGCGAAUAUCCAUAACACGACUCUGAAAAAGGAGUCGAAAGAUGGUGGACCACUUCAAAUGGAGAAUUGCACGGACUCAACAAUCCUGUACCUCUACCAAACAUCUCAAGUGAUUAUCGACGAUUGCCGCCAUUGCACCAUCGUGCUCGGCCCAGCGGCGGGCAGCGUUUUCGUGCGUGAUUGCGCGAAUUGCACAAUUUUCACCUCGUGUCAGCAGUUGAGAACACGUGAUUGCACGAGCAUUCGCAUAAGCAUUCUGUGCCCAACUGAGCCAAUUGUGGAGAACUCAAGCGACAUUCACUUCUUCCAUUUGGCAAUGCGGUACCCGGAGCUUAAAGACCAAAUGCACGCUGUCGGACUACGUCCAUUCACAAAUCGAAUCGCGUCGGUGCACGACUUCACUCCGGCCGGGGUCAAUGGAAAAGGCAACUUUCGAGUCACGCCAGAAGUCGUUCAAAUUUCCGACGGCCAAGAGGAGAUUCUUCGGGCCAAGGGCGUAAUCCUCAAGCCGUCUCCGGCGGACUUUAUCCCACGAUUCACCGACACCACUGACCCGGAUCCGACGUUCCUGUACGUGCUCGGCAAAUCAGAGCCUGUUGAUGAGCUCGGUGAUCGCGCGAUCGAACUUCUUCACGCGAUCUACAAGUCGGGGAUGCAGGUCAUGGGCACUUGCGAUCUCGAGACAAGCACCGUCGACUCGAAGUUGGUCCCGUUUGCCGGGCAAGCAGAGCGUAUGAUCCUGUUCCAACUGAAAGGGAACCUCGCCAACCUCGAGUGUGACGUGGAAUUUGACGUGAUGUCCGAGAACGACCUGGUUCCACUUCGCAAUCUUCUCAUUCAUCUGGAGGGAAAGAAAAAUGGAUAAGGAUUAACUUCUCUAAACUCUCCACUUUCUCAGAUCCUCCACCCAAUCCCAAGUAUUCAGAAAUUCGCUUGAGGGACACUUUUAAAAACUUUUUAUUGAAAAUCUGUUGAAAUUUUGUGUUUCUAUGUAACUUUUUCCGAGCCCUCUUCUUAUAUCAUUUUCCAAAACCCCAAAUUCCCAGGUGUCCCAGUUUUGCCGUAGCUAAAACGUGCUUUAUUUACUCAAUCUGAAAAAUUUUGACGCAUAUGUCACCUGAAAAUUAUGUCCUAAAUUUGAUCGAAACCAGGCGUGGGCGGCAAACAAUUUUAAUUCCGGCAAGUCGGCAAAUUGUCGGAAUUGAACACUUUCGGCAAGCCGGCAAAUUACCGAUUUACCUAGUGGUUUUUCACAUUUUUUUGGAAAUUUCAGAAUUUUAAUUUUAAACGGCAAAAUUGUACGCAUCUUAUGAAUGUUCCUACAUUUAUUUUGAAAAGUAUGCAAAUUCUAUGAAAAAGGCACAGUUUUUAGUGUUUCCCUCCUAUGAAUAAUUACUCUAAAAACUUCCGGCAAAUUGAUGUUCGGCAAACCGGCAAGUUGCCGGAAAUUAAAAUUUGCCGAAUUCGCCGGAUGCCAAUUUCCGCCCACGCCUGGUCGAAACUGUCUUCCUUCCCAAUUUUAAAGCUUUUUCUGUAUUUUUUUUUCAAUUUGAACAUUUAAUUUUCCUAGUUUACAUCUAAUU